GUCAGCGGCGGCGGGCGCGCGCGGGCGCGCGGGGCGGCGCGGCGCGGCGCCCAUGGCUGGCGGCGGGGCGCGGAGCGUACCAUCUGCGCGGGCUCCCCUCCCCGCGCACUGCGGCGCCGCCGCGCGCAGCGGUAGCGGCCGCAUAAUAACAAUAUUAUUAGCGCCGGGAACCAAUAUAUGGUAGCCCCAUAAAAAAAAAAAAAAAAAAAGCCCCACCAUGUCGGUUGCCUUUGCUUCUGCUCGCCCAAGAGGCAAAGGGGAGGUCACCCAGCAAACUAUCCAGAAGAUGCUAGAUGAAAAUCACCACCUAAUACAAUGUAUUAUGGAUUAUCAGAGCAAGGGGAAAACUGCAGAAUGUACUCAAUACCAACAAAUCUUGCACAGAAACCUGGUUUACUUGGCAACAAUAGCAGAUUCUAACCAGAAUAUGCAGUCCUUGCUUCCUGCUCCACCAACGCAAAACAUAAACUUGGGCCCAGGAGGAAUGACUCAGAGUGCAUCCAACCAAUCUCUCCAUUCACAGAGCAAUCUCAGUGAUGCAAUUGGGACAGGCCUUCCUCCUUCCUCCCUCAUGCAGAGUCAGAUUAGCAAUGGUCCUAAUCACGUGUCUAUGCAGCAGUCAGGCCAGAACACUAUGCCCACAACCUCUCUGAGUAUGACUGUCAGCAGUCAUGGAACUGGGCCUGGUUAUAGCCAUACAGUGCCUGCAUCUCAGAAUGUGCCAAUGCAAGGCCAGGGGUCAAUAGGCAAUUAUGUCUCUCGAACAAACAUCAACAUGCAGUCUAAUCCAGUCUCCAUGAUGCACCAGCAAGCAGCGACGUCACAUUACAACUCAGCACAAGGAGGGAGCCAGCAUUACCAGGGGCAGUCCUCCAUUGCCAUGAUGAGUCAGAGCAACCAAGGCAACAGCAUGAUGGGUCAGCGACCAAUGGGCCCUUACAGAGCUUCACAGCAAGGUUCCUCACAACAGUACAUGGGUCAGGAAGAGUAUUACAGUGAACAGUACAGCCAUGGACAAGGCUCCUCAGAACCUAUGAAUCAGCAAUAUUAUCCAGAUGGACACGGUGAUUAUGCCUAUCAGCAAUCAUCCUAUACUGAGCAGAGCUAUGACAGGUCAUUUGAUGACUCUACACAGCACUAUUAUGAAGGAGGAAAUUCUCAGUAUAGCCAGCAGCAGGCAGGAUACCAACAGGGAGCUGCACAACAGCAAACAUAUUCCCAGCAGCAAUACCCAAAUCAGCAAAGUUACCCAGGACAACAGCAAGGAUAUGGUCCUGCACAAGGAGCCUCUUCACAGUAUUCCAGUUACCAACAGGGACAGGGGCAGCAAUAUGGAAGUUACAGAGCUUCCCAGACAGGACCAUCUGCCCAGCAACAGAGGCCUUAUGGCUAUGAGCAGGGACAAUAUGGAAAUUACCAGCAAUAAAAGAACAUGAUCCUGUGUCAGAUUCAUUUCAAUAGUAUAUCCGUCUUUUGAACUGGAUGUACAGGCAGUUUUGAUUAAUUGUAAUAUGUUGGUUACCCCUUAGCACAAAGCAGCGUCUGUAUGUGAACAGUGUUCAUUUCAUGCUGGAUAUGAAGCAGUGCACUACUGGUAACAAGACAAUGCUUUAAUGGUUUGAUAUUUGGUGCUGUGUAUAGUACUGUAUGUUGAUACAAUGCAGAAUUUUUUUCAUUUCCCCCCCACCAUUCUUGAUGUUUCAAAAUAGCUUUAGGAUCAUUUGAUCACAGUUGUGCCCAGUUCUGGAAAACAGCCAGAUUAUUCUGCGCUCUGGCUAAAUACAAAGCCAUUUAGUCAUAUAUCAGUCCAAGAAAGUAUCCUAGGGUAGGUUAUUGAUUGUUGUUUAAGUGGAUGCAUUGAAGUUUACCUGCCAGCCUCUGAAAUUCAUGGCUCUUAACUCUACUCCUUUAGAGUAAGGAGAGGGAUACAUUCCUUACAUGAAGUCAGUUCCAUGCUGUAAGAUAAAAAGAAAAUUAACUGCAGUUUUUGCAAUACCUACUAGGGCUCACUAUCCAAGUCUUCUAAUUUAAUAUAUCUGCAUAAGUCCAUGUUUCUGUUGUAAAAGAUACAGAAAGAUGAUCAAAACCUAUAUUCAAGAAAACAUUAAUCACUAGAGGCACCUUUUAUAUAUCCAUGUAAACUAAGGUAUUUCUAUCAUGGAAAGAAAAAUAGAAGGGAGCUUUGAGAUCUGGAAUGUCAGCCUACUAAAUGUCAAUAUUGCUUCAUAUUGUGCUAAGCUAAAAAGAACAUCUGGCAAAACUCCAGUCUUAAAUAUGCUACUCCAAAUUUUAUAACUCGCAUAUAUAUUUUCAUGCCAGCUUUCCCAGGCAGGUAGCUGGCAUCCUUCUUUAUUUCUGAUUCUUCCGUUGCCCUUUACUCAGAUUUUCUAGCAAGCAUUAUAACCAUGAAUGUUAUCAUGUUUUUUGAUUGACUGUUCCUACAGCUCCUCAUCACUUUUAUUUCUCUCUUGUAGCUCGACAGAAGUAGUUCAGAAGUAAAAAAAAAAAAAAAAAUCCAUCUUUAUUGCAGAUAAACAACUAAAUCCAGCUUUAAUUCUGAAACAAUAUUAUGCAUAGAGGGAGGGGGACUGUUAAUAGGGUCAACCAGUAAGAGAAAACCUAUAGAGGGAGAAUCGAUAAAUAAGGAACAGUGGUAUGUAGAAGCCAAUAUGACUAAUAAAAGUCACUUAUUCAGUUGUAUACAUUCUUAUAAAGUGUUGAAUGAAGCACUUAUAAAGUGCUUAUAUAACUGCUAAAUGAAACACCAUGGCCAAACUUCUCUGUGGCAAAAGGCUUUAUAUUCCAUGAGCAUUUUUUAAUGCAAGAUUAAAUUGAAACUUAGACUAUAGAGUAAAUAUAUCCUCUGUAGGGUUUUCUCCUUUUCUUUGUCUAAACUGGUGUAUUUAUUGGAUUUUGAAUUCUAGUACUUUGUAUUUUGAAAAACUAAGACCACAAGGAAAAGGAAACAUCUCACACUUUAUUACUUUCUUUCCUGUAAAGGAAAAGUCUUUAUAUGAGACAGCCAGACAGUUUACUGUUAAAUGUUGUCCAAGCACUGCCCUUGCUACAUUAAUGCUUUUAAUUGCUGAUAAAAUAGAAAACAUGUUUCUUAUUCCGUCCUUAUUUCUAUCAUCUGUCCUGCUGGUGUUUUCAUACAAAUAAGUACUCUCAAGUAUCAAGGAACAGAAAGGAAAUAUGAUCAUUUUCUUUACAAUAUGUUAAUAGUACAAGUAGCCAGGAGAAUGCAAUAUUGCUCUUUGCCAGCUUGGAAAUACACGUUUUAUGUGGUUUUUGAAAGUGCUGAAAUAAUACUUUUGAGAGAAUAUGAACAACACUUAAAAUGAAACAGCAACAUUACAUCAAUCUGAAAUGUCUUACAUUAAGAAUUUCUUGAAUGUUGUGUAUAUAAUAUAUUUGAAAGAGCACUUUGGAGAUAGUUUGUACAUUUAUUUCCUAAUUUAUACAUGAUUUUUGGUGUUAAUAUUUCUAAUUGUUAAUAACAAAAUGUUUAUUUAAUGUGUUGUCCAUUUUUAUGUAUUAAUGUGGAAACAAAGUGAUGCCAGCAUUUUGACUUCUUCCAUUAAUUGUAUCAUCUUAUGUUUUGUAAUACAGAAUGCUUGAAAAUUGUUUAGGUUAAAAAUUAUCUGAAAA